AUGGUGACGGCGGGCACCGUACAAAAAGCCGCAGCUUCAUAUGGACUUUUCGAUCGGGAAAACGAUCGGGUACCCGGAUCGUAUCGUAGUAGGCCGCAGCAAGUAGUACUCCCUACAUUUGCACGGCAACAACAGCGACAGCAGCAGCAACAACAACUUCAACUUAGAAAAUCAGUUAACAACUUGUAUAAUAGAAAUGCAAUAUGGGGAAGCUCCUAUGAGGAUACGACUGUAGCAGCAGACGGUGGCUCUUCGUUGGAGCUGUUAGGAGCCUUACCGGAUGCGGUGCAGGAUGAAGUUGAGGUUCUUGAGAAUCGUGAUUGCUGUCCAUCAGUCACCGAACUCAUCCAUCCGUUGGCAGGCGUUUCUCGUUCUGGCCUCAUACUUGAGAUCUAUAGAGGCGAGAACAAAACACAGAAGUUUUAUCAAACCUCCUGCCGUCGAGAUGUCAAAAAUAGGCCGUGCAGAUUCGUGCGCUCCAAAUACGAGCUAUCGUCGCGCUGCACACAAGAAUACAGUUAUACAUAUGCAAUAGUCCGCAACUUAAAUUCGAACGGUCAGUGGCGUAUGGAUCAUAUCCGAGUUCGUUCUGGCUGCGCCUGCAAGGUGAUUAAGGUCACAAGGCAACGCAGUCAAGAAGUGCGUAGACGACGCAAGUGAGCAGU